UCUCAAGUCUACAUAUCACCCUAGCCUACCAAGUCAAUAUUCUCUUCCUUGACAAAAAAAAAAAAAAAAAACUCAACAGUUUUUAUAGAAAAAUCAAAUAUAUAAUAUAUAUAAUGGAUAGAGUUAAUGAGUUAGCAAAAUCAAAGGCAGCUGUAAUAUUCACAAAGAGUUCAGACUGUAUGUGUCAUAGCAUCAAGUCAUUAUUCCACGAGCUCGGAGCAAGCCCGGCAGUGUAUGAGAUUGACCGCGAUCCUAGAGGACGUGAAGUCGAGUUAGCAUUGCAGAGGCUAGGGUGUAAGCCUACCGUCCCUGCAAUAUUUAUUGGUGGCAUGUUCGUAGGCUCGGCCAAGGAUGUCCUUGCUGCACACCUCACUGGCUCUCUCAAAGAAAUGCUCAUUGCUGCUAAGGCUAUUUGGUUGUAGCACUAUUUAAUUUAGUUCCAAAAACAAGGAUGUAUGUAGUAUGUACUUUUUUUUUGUCUUUUUUUAUUUGCAUGGAGGAAAUUAAGUUAUGGCCUCCAGUUUGGAAAGCUCGCAGUGCAGCAUUCUUCAACGACUUUUCGUUUUUUGUAAGCUCUUGAUAGCUGCAUUUUGUAACAAAAAGAGAUCGAAUUAUAAAAGCGUAAAAUGUUCUCUGUCUAAUA